GUGAGGCAAGGGUGAGAUCAUCUCAGAUGAAAAAGCCCCCACACACCAGAAGAGAACACUGGGAGUUUAAAAGACCAGGACGACACAACAACAUCUUUGACCAGAGAGGCCUUCCUGGGAAGAUGAAGUCACUCCUGCUCCUGUUGGUGUUUCUUCUGUGCCCAAGGGCAGAGGCAGGGAAAAUCAUCGGGGGCCAGGAAGCUGUGCCUCAUUCCCAUCCCUACAUGGCAUUUCUUCAUAUCCAGACUCCAAAUAAAACGAAAGGAUGUGGGGGUUUCCUUGUUCGUGAGGACUUUGUCCUGACAGCAGCCCACUGCUGGGGAAGGAACAGAACCAUCACUGUCAUCCUGGGAGCCCAUGACAUCGAUGAGCAAGAGACAACCCAGCAGGUCAUCCCUAUAAGAAGAGCCAUCCCCCAUCCAAAUUUUAAAACAAAGCCAUGCAAUGACAUCAUGUUACUUCAGUUGAAAAAUAAGGCCAAGCUGAAUGCUGAGGUGAGCCUCCUCAAGUUACCCUCAAGAAAUUCCCAGGUUACACCAGGGAUGGUGUGCACUCUGGCCGGUUGGGGACACAUUGGCCAAAACAUAUCCACAACAAAACUGCAUGAGGUACAGCUUGAAAUCCAAAAGGACGAGGAAUGUCUCUCUCAUUUCAAAAGUAUAUAUGACUCCACCACCCAGAUUUGUGUGGGGAACCCAAAAGAGAAGAAGAAUUGUCUUCAGGGAGACUCAGGAAGUCCCCUUGUGUGUGAAAAUGUGGCCCAGGGCAUUGUGUCCUUUGGGGAAGACGAGGGGACACCUCCAAGUGUCUACUCCAGGAUCUCAAGCUAUCUGCGCUGGAUUAAAAAAACAAUGAAAUCCUUCAAACUCCAGGGGCAAGACUGAGAGGACUUCAGAACGGAUCUUCAUCCUCUCUUCAACAUAGGCCCAAAGUGCACUGGGUGGAGGAGUAAAGGGGAGACUGCCAGUUGCUUAAUAAACUUUCAUCUCUGCAACAGAA